ACACCUUUAAGAAAACGCUUCUGUGACUUGUUUCCCCUACAAAGAGACCGGAAGUGGAUCUCGACCGUUUGCUCUCCGAGCUCCGGCUCAGUUGGUCUCCGUCGCUCUCUCGUUCCCGCUGACGGAAAAGCUGCGUAGCCGACGGUCACAGUGUGAAUUGGCAGAAGGGGGUCGGGCCUUCAUGUUCUGACUGGGAAAAUGGGGCUUUACCACAGUGUUGCGGUUGCUAGGUGACCGGAGCAGCACGGCACUUGCGGGACUGACAAUGAGCAAGGCGUCUCUCGGCGCGCAACCUCUUCGCUCCGGCUGAACGCGAGAGUGGGUGGCGACGAGAGCAAGACGAGCGGUUUCCUCCUGGUCAGGAAGUCCCAGUCGACAUGAUUUUUUUCUCUUUGCGGCCAGGCGUCUCCGGAGCUAUUGGUUUUUACGUGUGGCUGACAGCCUCCAGCUCGGCGAAGAGGGAUGGUGCUUUGUGACCCAUGAGAGCCUCCCAUCAUGCCCAGACGAGGCCUGCUGCUGCAAGGCCGGGCGCGAUGGCUGCUCCUCGGGGUCUUCCUGCUGCUGGCGCUCAUGCUCUUCGUGUACCUACUGGAAUGCGGCCCCACGGCGGACGCUAGCUCGGCGCUGGCGGGGUUCGGAGGGGAGCCCUACGCGAAGGAGCACUACCAGGCCCUGCUGCAGGAGCAGGAGGAGCGCCACCAGAGCCGCGUCUCCAGCCUCAAGCGUCAGAUCGCCCAACUCAAGCAGGAGCUCCAGGAGAUGGGGGCCAAGCUGAAGGUGCUGCAGGAGAAGAAGGACUCCACGGGCCAGGGCAGAAUGGAAGCCCGCGAUCAGGAGCCCGGCGACCUCCUCGAGUUCCUCCACUCCCAGAUCGACAAGGCGGAGGUGAGUACCGGGGCGCGACUCCCAAGCGAGUACGCCCUGGUGCCCUUCGAGAGCUUCACCGCCACCAAGGUCUACCAGCUGGAGAUGGGCCUGACCCGGCACCCGGAGGAGAAGCCUGUCCGCAGGGAUCGCAGAGAUGAGCUGACGGAGGUUAUCGAGGCCGCGCUGGAUGUGAUCAAUAACCCCGACGAUGAUGACGGACAGGAGGACGAAGACAUGCCCUUGCAGAAGCAGACAUAUACAGAGAAUGACUUUGUUGAAGGGCUGUACCGCACCGAGCGAGACAAAGGCACUCUCUACGAGCUCUUCUUCAGUAAGGAGGAGGCCACCGACUUCCGGCACGUCACCCUGUUCCGUCCCUUCGGGCCCCUCAUGAAAGUGAGGAGCACGUCGGUGGAGACGGCCGGAGUCGUCAUCAACCUCAUCGUGCCGCUUUCGGGGAGGACUGAGGCCUUUGUGCAGUUUCUGCACAACUUCAGGGAAGUCUGCGUUCAGCAAGACAGGCGAGUACACCUUACGGUGGUCUACUUUGGACAGGAAGGACUCCUGCAGGUCAGGUCCUCUUUGGACAAAUUGUCCAGGGAGGAUAGUUUCUCCAACUACACUCUGAUCCCUGUGGACGAGGAGUUUUCCAGGGGCAGGGGCUUGGACAUUGGGGCCCAUGCGUGGAAAAAGGGCGACGUGCUCAUGUUUUUUUGCGACGUUGAUGUUUACUUCACAGCCGAGUUCCUCAACACCUGCCGCCUUAAUGCUUCUCCGAACAAAAGAGUGUUUUAUCCAGUGUUGUUCAGCCUGUAUAAUCCUGCCAUAGUUUAUGGCAAUAUGGAGCUUACUCCCCCCAUCGAACACCAGCUUAUUCAUAAAAAGGAUACUGGUUUCUGGAGGGACUUUGGCUUUGGGAUGACCUGUCAAUAUCGAUCAGAUUUUCUCAACAUUGGAGGUUUUGACCUGGAGGUGAAAGGCUGGGGGGUGGAGGACGUUCACCUGUACAGGAAGUACCUGCGCAGCGAGCUCAUAGUGGUGCGCACGCCCGUCUCGGGUCUCUUCCACCUGUGGCAUGAAAAGCAGUGUGCCGAUGAGCUGACCCCUGAGCAGUACCGCAUGUGCAUCCAGUCCAAGGCGAUGAACGAAGCCUCGCACUCGCAUCUAGGCAUGCUGGUGUUCCGCGAAGAGAUCGAGAGCCACCUUCGCAAACAGGCUUUCAAUGUUCAGAGGAAGCCUGAGGAGUAAAGCAGCCUCUGGAGAAGCUCUGGGACUGUACCUCUGAGCGGUCGGGGCCGCGGCCCACUUGACCGCAUCGUUCUGUAACGUAGAGCGAGCACGUCAGCAGCAGAUUUGGCCCCGCUCUUUGGAGGAGGGAAAGGGAAACUUGACACCUACGUCCACUUGUUUCAGAAUAAUUUUACACCCGAUACGAUGUACGUAAAUCAGACUUGCUUGUAAGAACUUGUCUGAGGUUUGUCUUCCAGAAGAUCUACACUGUAGUGUAGUGUUUUUUUUAAACACAAAUUCUAGCUGUAGUUUGUAAAGCCAUGUGUUGCUAUUGCUUAAAAGUGCAAUGACAAAAAGGGACCUUUCUGUGUAAUUUGAGGACUUGCACAAUGCAAAACGAGGGUUUAAUGUAAUUAAAACUAGAUCACGUGCACAGACAAUUAAAAAUAGCCUGAAUGUACGAAUACUGUAGUAACUAGUACACUGUUCUUGGCAGUUAAAGCUCAAACCUGUCAAACGCAGCCAAUAUGUGUGUUAACAUAAUACUCACACAGCACUGCAGAAGUUAAGACAGUUCUGCUGCACCCCUGUACUGUGGACUGACACUUGGUGCCUCGUUGCUUGAUUGGCCCUUGCAGUGUGAAUUUGCUGUUUCGGCAUUGCUGUCUCAACCAGUCGCUGACUCGAUGUGAGAGAAGGGUGGGUUUCUUUUAUUUUAAACUUUAAAAAUGUUUUAAAUUUCAGUGGUCACAGCACAUUCUAAUAGGUCAUUCCUGGCACCUCACAAUGGCUGUUUUCUUCAUUUUUUUUUUUUUUAACAAAAUGGUCCAGACUGAAUUGUACCUUUUUAUUCUUUGUAAAAGUUGCUUGGACUAAACUGCAUCCUGCCUUCAUUUUCGCAAAUUAAAAUGCUA